AUGGUUCCAGCAUCCCCACGCUACGGUCGAACGAACGAGUCCGCUCGAACCAAUGAUGAUUCCCAGGAACCCUCUAUGCAGGAACACUUGAUGCGCGAUCAUUCGCCCAAGGGUCCAUCCAUUUGUCUCCUCGAGAACAGACUGGAUCUGGUCUCCCUUCUGGCGGCUGUGGACCGAUGCAGACGUCAAACUGGAUCGCACGACCGUCCGUUGGCCCCGGCGAAACCGGACCUUAUUCGACCGAGUUCGUGGGGCCGCACGUUAAAAGCGGAUCAUCAGCGGUCCAUCACCAGCUGA